AGCAUGUGAUCAGGCUGCCGAUUGCAUACGAACUGCCUCAUACAUCUGACAGACAAAGAAAAUAAUGAAACCUGAGACACUCGAUCCGUCGCUCCACCUGGACUGUCGACUAACUGGAGUGACUUCAUGAAUCUGAUGGGUGGGAUGGGAGGGAUGAUGAAUCCGGAGGUAUUUUUCUGCCUAAACCGCCAACUUUCACUCCUGCUCUUCUUCUUCUCCCACUACUCCUCCUCUGUGUGUCUUUAAAGCGCAACAGCAUGCAGGUCUCCCCGAGUGAAGACAAGAUCCCAGUCAUGGGAUCAACUUCAGGUCCUCAUGCCAUCGGAGAAGGCCUUUACUUCAGUGACGGCCGACGGAAAGUCGACUAUGUUCUGGUCUUUCAUCAGCGAAGGCACACCUCGAUACGAUCUCCUGCUAGUGCCUCCGUUUCACAAGACCGGUUAUCUAUUGUUUCUAAUGGCAACUUUCCUUCAAUGGCGGCCUCAGAUGUGGCACCAGGUGGAAGCGGUGGUGGUGGUGGUGGAGGCGGCGGCAUUCCAGGAGGGGAGGGUGCGGGCGCCAGCGAGGUGUUCAUGGAGCUUGGAGGAGCAGGAGAUGGCGAGCCAAUGGAGCCCGGUGACCAUGAGAUACGUCUAAUCAGGCAGGAGUUUGAGGCUAACCUACUAGAGGCUGGUUUGGAGAUUGAGAGAGACAGAGAGUUAAAGAGCCAUGGCCCCAGCUUUACCAGAGUCCACGCACCAUGGCCAGUAUUAUGUCGAGAGGCCGAGUUUCUCAAGAUUAGAGUCCCCACCAAGACGAGUUAUGAAAUCAAAGAGGAAACUGGUUUCGGCUCCAGUAUGAGCACAGUGUGGAGAACGCUGACCAAGCCUUUCCAGCCGAAAGUACCACAUCAAGAUCAUGGACGCACCAAAUUUCUUUCACACUGCUUCUCCAGGGACAAGCUACACUUGUACAACAUCACAUCUAAAGACACUUUCUUUGACAAUUCUACAAGGGGCAGAAUAGUUUAUGAGAUCCUGAGACGGACGGUGUGUGCACGAACCUGUCAAACCAUAGGCAUCAGCACAUUGAUAGCUAAAGGCGUGUAUGACGCUGCCUUCCCUCUUCACGAUGGUGACUACAAGGUCAUCGGACACCUGGAGGAGAGGAACGACAGACAGGUUCUGCAUGAAGAGUGGGCUAGAUACUCAGCCUUUUACAAGUACCAACCCAUUGAUCUAGUCAGGAAGUACUUUGGUGAGAAGAUCGGCCUUUACUUUGCAUGGCUCGGCGUGUACACCCAGCUGCUUGUACCAGCUUCCAUAGUGGGUAUCAUUGUGUUUGGCUAUGGAGUGGCGACAAUGGACACUAAUAUACCAAGUCUGGAGAUGUGUGACCAGCGUCUCAAUUUCACCAUGUGUCCUCUGUGUGACCGAGCAUGUGACUUCUGGCAUCUCAGCACUGCCUGUGGAACCGCCAAAGCUUCACACCUCUUCGAUAACCCUGCCACUGUCUUCUUUGCCAUCUUCAUGUCUCUAUGGGCGGUGCUAUUUCUGGAACAGUGGAAGCGACGUCAGAUCAGUCUGAGCUUCAGCUGGGACUUGACAGGCAUCGAGGAGGAUGAGGAACACCCCAGGCCAAAAUAUGAGACCGUCCUCCUGCAGAAAAGACAGAAGAAGCAGAACAAUAAGAAAAAGAAGAAAAAGAAUGAGCCAGCAAAGCAGGAGGACGGGACAGUGACAGGGAAGGACAGAUGGAGACAAAAACUACUGUCAGCCAUGUCUGCAGGAAUACCGUCUCCUAUAGAGAAGCUGACCUGGAAAGAUCGCCUUCCCGGAUACUUGAUAAAUGUAUCCUCUAUCCUCUUCAUGUUUGCGCUGACAUUUUCUGCAGUUUUCGGCGUCAUCAUUUACCGCAUCACAAUCUCUGCGAUCAUGGCGAUGAGCCCUGACCCGGAGAUCAGGCACAAUGUUCGGGUGACAGUCACUGCCACCGCGGUCAUCAUCAACCUCGUGGUUAUCUUGAUUCUGGAUGAAAUCUACGGCGCUGUGGCAGUGUGGUUAACUGAGCUAGCUAAGUGUGCUCCAGGAGGGUGCCUCAUUGAGUUGUGUAUUCAGCUCAGCAUCAUCAUGUUGGGGAAGCAACUAAUCCAGAACAACAUCUUUGAGAUUGGCAUCCCAUUGUUACUGGACAUUCCCUUCAUCCAGUUUGGUUUCGUCUCUCUGUUCGUGGCUUCUUUCCCGCUGGCUCCUCUCUUUGCCCUGCUGAACAAUAUCAUUGAGAUCAGAUUGGAUGCCAAGAAGUUUGUUACAGAGCUGCGUAGGCCAGUUGCUGCUCGAGCUAAAGACAUUGGCAUUUGGUACAAUGUACUAAGUGGAAUGGGCAAGUUCUCAGUCAUUAUAAAUGCCUUUGUGAUCUCCUUUACGUCCGACUUCAUCCCCAGGCUCGUUUACGAGUACAUGUACAGUCCGACAGGCACCAUGCACGGCUUCAUUGACCACACGCUGUCCUACUUCAACGUGUCCGAUUUAAAACCUGGCACAGCACCACACAACUCUGAGCUUGGAAACAUAACUUUAUGCCGGUAUAAAGACUACAGGGAACCCCCAUGGUCUCCAGACGGGUACCAGUUCUCUAAACAGUACUGGUGUGUCCUGGCUGCAAGGCUCGCCUUCGUCAUUCUGUUCCAGAACCUGGUGAUGUUCCUCAGCCUCGUGGUUGCCUGGGUGAUUCCUGAUGUUCCCAAAACCAUCGUGGAGCAGCUCAAAAGGGAAAAGAAGCUCCUGGUCGAUGUCUUUUUACAGGAGGAGAAGGAGAAAUUACAACUCAUCCAGAGCCUGUUUGCCAAGGAUGCCACCCUCCAGCCCAGCGGCAACACGCUCCCCCCAGGGCAGGAUCUCCCGAUCCCGGGUCGCUACAGUACUUUACCAUCGGGGCCCACAGCUGGAGAGGACCGAGGAGGAGGAGGGCCAAGGGCAAGAUGCAGGGCAGCCAGUUUCAGCCAGUUCAACAGGAAUAUUGCCUCUUCGCCCAUGAAGGAAAACGAGAAUUCAAAACACACAGCGGUGUGAGAUGAAACACACGUUACGGGGGUGCUUCAGCUGGUUCUAUGGAUUGUCACUUGGGUGACUCGGUCCAUGUAUGUCUUUUCUGUGUCUUUUGUGUCCCGGUAUGUGUGGUUUACCUUUUGAACAAGUUUAAAUUCACUGAUAUGUGAGUGGUUGACUCUGCAAUGUUCACAUUGAUGGACUAAAUGGGUGUGAGCGUGUGUGUGUAUGUAUGUGUUGUUCCUACUCUCACUGACUGUUUACCUGAAAGAGUUGUCGUUUUUACUUUUUGGUCAAAAUAGUGAGGCAUACUAGCUUCAUAGCGUAGAGAAGCAAUAAUCAUCAUGUUAGGUUAAACAACUAAAUGUUGCAGGAACCUGGAAGAGACUGAAGAUGAAGAGAGGACUAUGAACUAAUGGGUAGUCUUAAUAAGCAUUUAACCAACAUGAUUAAAGUGAAAGACAUUGUGGCUCCUCAUUAGGGCUGUCAAUAGUUUCCUGCUUUAUGUGCUUAUGCUAUUCAUGUAUUUUUGUUUACAGAAUUUGUAGCAGUUGAAAAAUUCCACAUUUUCUGUACUCUUCUCUUUAGAAUUCAGGAAUACACUUUGAACCCCUUUUUUCAGAAUUCACUAAAAUUGCCACUAAAGAUUCAGCUGCUGGUCAUUGUUUCUCUUUACAUUACCCUGAGUUUAAAAUGAUGGAAAAAUGCUAAUGUGACAAACCAUGUCUAUGGCACUCAUUUCAGUUGAAGCUGUGGUGACGACUGUUGAAUGACUUUAAUAACUUGUGAAUGCAAAGGAAAAGCCAUCUCUUUUAUAGACUGAGUCAGGUGAAAAUGAUCACACUGUGUCUUAUUGACAGCGAAACAAAAGGCAUUAACUGUCCUUUAUUAUGAAACAGCUGACAGUGUACCUUGACAUUCCUUCAGGUAAGUAAUCAAUCUGAGCCCGUUCUGCUUAAACAGAAGACCUUAACGU